AUGCCCAAACUCACCACGAACGAAGCAGUUAUGAUAACUAUAUAUGACCUAGGACCCUCCAAGUUCCCGGAAGCCUUUGGUUGUUCCCCUCACGUACGAAGAAUAAUCUUUGCGCUCAACUACAAACAGCUCCCAUUCAAAGUGUUCAUUAUUGCAUCGUCCACCGUCGACUCCGUGGCCAAAUCAGUUGGGGCUCCUCCAACUGCUACAAAACCCGACGGUUCACCCAAAUACACCGUUCCCUUCAUCCACGACUCCGCCACCGGAAGGUCUAUCUCUGAUUCAUUCUUAAUUGGAGAAUACCUUGACGAAGCGUACCCGCACACACCGAAACUCGUACCAGAAGGUACUCGGGUGUUACAAACGGUCCUCAUCGACACUUUCAACGCCAAGCUCCAAUUGUUGUUACCAGUUUUUGUUCCCAGCUUCUGCAGAUUCUUAUCCCCCGAGUUGAGGGAACGUAUAGAAACAUUGAAGGGGCCGCUUCCUGAUCUACUCCCGGCUCAUGAGCAGAAAGAGGUGUGGGAGAAAGCGAGGAAGGGUGUUGAAGAGCUGUUGUCAGACGCUGCCUAUGGACAGUCCGGUUCGGUGUUUGUGGGCGGGGAGAAACCGGAUUUUGCGGAUUUUGCGUUGGCGGCUUCACUUGCGACUUUCAAGGUUAUGAACGGGGAGGACAGUGACGAGUGGAGGAAUGUGAGUGGGUGGAGUAAAGGAAGAAUAGGAAGAUUGGUUGAGGAAAUUUUGCGGCACGAGGGGGUCUGAGAAGUUUGCUGUUAGUCGCAUUUUGGAGGAAACCUUGGGGUUUUUCGAUUACAGAUGGGAAAUGAUGGCUCCUGGUGUAUGAAAAGCCGAGUUUCACUCGAGAACGAUCGCGUUGACGUGAAUGAGCAAGCUCCGACUCCUUACUACGCUUAAACCAACUUUGGUGGACGUUGAAGAGAAAAAGUGGCUAUAUUGAUACAACCAGAGGAAGCGUGUAUUACACGGAAACCAUGCGGAAAUGUGUUCAAGAGAAUUGACUCCAACGGGGCAGACCCGCCAGGGAUUUAUGAAUGGAGGCUCUCCAUAAUCCCAACGCCCUACAGUUGCACCCAGGAUGAACAGUUGGCGAAGAGCGUGCGAUCCUGAGUGCCCUUUCG